UCUUAUAAACUCUAUAACUUUGCAAAGAAAGGUGGUGUAGAGCUGGGAGACGUCUCAUUUUAAUCAGACAUUUCCGGGCUACAAUUACAACUCAUUAAGAAGAGGUUUCAGUUAGUUUUAGAGUUUCUGAAAAACUAGUUUUCCAGAAAACCGGGUCUUCAAGAGCCCUCCGUAGAAACCCAUUUAGGCUUUUUGUCAGCUCGAUGCCCUCUAUCAACUGAGGUAUGAACGAAGAAAAAUGGAGAGUAUCAUCUCGGGCGGUUCCCUCGUAAGAAGAGUGAAUAGCUGACUGUAAGGAUACAUGACCAUUGGUAACAUAACUCUUAUUUAUUCUAUCGACAAUUAAAAAAACAAGAUGAAGUAGAAAAUGGAAAUCUUGAAUCAUAUCCUCUUGAGUAUUGAAUGGACGGUCUAACACCAUCAUCAAUUUUCAUUUUGUUUAUGAAUGAUACAAAAUUAAAUUUUGUGAAACUGUUCUCAAUUCAUUGUUUUUAUUUCAGUACGACUUCUAUCCAACAACCAUUUAUCUCUUCGAGUAGUUCAUCAUCAUCUAUCAAUCAUUAUUUAACUAUUUAUAAUCGUCGUAUCAAUGAUUUAUGUAAUCAUAUUUCAAUUGUUGAACAAGAAAUACCAACAAUAUCAUGUAAUAAUUUAGCAUUAAUAAAUAAAAUUCAACCGUGGAAAGAUAAAAUUGAAUGUGAAGAUUAUUUAAAACGAUUAUUUGAUAAAAAAUUAGAUCGUUCAAAACGUCAACAUCUAUUAACCGAAAUACAAUGGAUAACAAAUUUAAAUGAACAAUAUCAUUUACAAUUAAUACAAGCAAUGAUAAAUCGUUGUAAAUCAAAUGAUGUUAAAAAAUUUGUUAACAGUCUCAAUGAGUAUACAUCAUGUUCAUUAGUUCUAUUAGCAAUUGUAUUUAAAUCAACAAUAAAUAAUCAACAAAUUAAUGAUGAAUGUUUAAAAUUAUUAAUAAUUUUAAAACAUUAUGAAACCCAAGGUAAAAGUAUUUUUGGACUAAGAUUACGAACAAUUAAACGAUCAGAUGAUCAAACAAAUAUGAUAACAUCAUUAUUAAAUAUUAAACGUAAUUUAAUAGUAACAACAACAACAACAAAUACUUUAACAACUAAUAUUAGUCAACAACAAUCCGAUAUGUUAAAUAUUUUAUGUGAUUAUUAUCCAGUAAGAGAUUAUAGAAUAGAAAAAAAUUUUAAACAUUAUAUUCAAACAACAUUUUCAUCGAAUAGACAAGAUGAUUGUAAACAUAUAUUAAUAAAUUUAUUGUGUGAAUCCGAAGAUAAAAUGUCAGAAUCAACGAUUGGAAUGUUACUUGAUCAUCUAUCAACUAUGGAAAAUUUAUCAUUAAAUUCAUCCAUUAUGAAUCAGUCAUUUCAACAACAUUCAAUUCAUAUCUUACGAUCAUUAUUUUCUCAACGUUCUCGUUCAUCAAUAUCUCAAAAAUUAUUAUUAAAACAAUUUUUACAUUCAUGUAAUUGGACAACUAUUGACGAUUGUAUCUUUGAUUUAUUAACACUUCGUUCAUCAUCCUCUUCAUCGACACAAAUACAAACAUCAAAUACGUCAACAAAUCUCAAUACUAUUGAUUUGACUAAUUCUUAUCGUUUAUCACCUAAUAGUCAAACUGAUUCAUCGACUCAUCAUCGUUUAUGUCCAACACAAUCACUUAUUUCCAGUCGUUGUUCAUUAUUGGAAUAUCGUGAUUCUAUAUUGAUACUAGAUAUGCUACAAUCUUAUCUAAAAUUAUCACAAUUAUGGGUUGGUAGAGAAUCAAAAAUGUUAGAACGUUGUAAUGAUAAACCAUUAAUUAUAUUGAAAGAAAAUCAUAUUUAUACACUAAUACUAUACAUAUUAGAUGAAGCCUAUCGUUUAAAUAUAUCAAAAAUACUAAAUAUUCGAAAACAAUAUAUCUAUCGCUAUGAACUAUUAUGUUCAUUAAUUAAAUCAAAACAAAAAUAUUUAUUAAAAAAAUGUUUAAAUCAAAUUUUAGUUGAUUCACAAUUACAAACAUGGACAAAAGAUAUUCUACCAUCAUUUUAUUAUACAUUAUAUUUAUAUGAACCAAAUUUAUUUGAUAAUGGUUUUUAUUUAAUUAUACAAAAUCUAUUUGAUGACAUAAAACAACAUAGUUUACUUGGUGAAAACGUCACUGGACAACAUCAACAGUGUAAUGAAUGUCAAUAUGAUUUAAUUAUUCAUAAUUUAUUAGUUCGUUUAAAUAGUUUUGAUUUGAUAACAACGUCCACAUCAUCAACUACAUCAUUUGAAACUAAUUUAUUACUUCGACAAAUUACAUCUACUCAUCCUUUUAUUGUUAUUCGUCAUUUAAAUGUUAUUACAUUGUAUAUUCAAUCACGUUCAGCAACAUUAAAAAUAAAUGAAUAUAAAAAACGUGAUUCAAAAUAUCGUCACUAUUUUCUAUCGAUAUUUAAUUUAAUUGAACGUUUACAACCAUAUAUUUUUGAUCAAAAAUAUUCUCAACAAUUACAAAUUAUUCUUGAUAUUUAUAUUAAAAUUUGUAUAUCACAACUGUCAUCAUUAUCGUUAUCUAAUAUAUCCACGACCAUUUUAUCAUCAAAUUAUCUUUCCGAUUUAAUUUAUCUAAUCGAUCAUUUACUAAAUUUUAUUUUAACCUAUUUGACAGUAACAAAAGAUAAUCAUCAACUGUUACGAAAUUAUUAUUCAAAAUUUUUUGAAAAAUUAAAAGAUAAAAUACAACAAAAUAAUGAAUUAUUAAAUAUUUUAAUAUCGAAUCAAAAUAAUUCAACUAUGAAAAAUUUGGCACAGUUAAAAAUAUUAAAUGAUUCACUUAAUCAAAAUGAUGAUAUUAUUGAUAAUCAACAGACACAUCAACAUCGAACAACGUUUGAUGUUCGUUUGUGUUUGGUUGAUCGUCAUAUUUAUGACCAACAACAUCAGCUAAUAUCUGGCAAAAAUUUGUCAAUAAAUCAACAAAAAUAUGAUGAUAUUCAAAAAUUUAUUUCAAAAUUAAAUAAUUUAAAUUCACUUGAUAUAGAAGAAAUAUUAACUAUUUUAAAUGAUUUGAAAGACACAAUCGAUCAUUAUUCAUCUAUUGAUAUAUUAGAAUAUUUUAUCGAAUGUUUAACGAAUCUCAUUCAACAUCAAAAUAAACAAAUUCGAGAAUAUGCGUAUGAAUUUAUAUUGAAAUAUUUAGAAAAGUAUCCACAACGUUCACAAUUAUUUUCAACAUCGUAUAUCAAAUGUUUAACAUACACUGAUAAUAUAAAUAUAUUUCAAACGGCUAUUGAAUAUUUUAAAAAUUUAAUUAUCUACUAUCGAAAAGAAUCAAAUGAUUUUUUAUAUUUAAUAUUAAAAUAUGGUCUAAUUAAUAAAAUUGAUGUUACAUCAAAUAUCACUCAAGCAAUACGACUAUUAAAUUUGUAUAGAUAUGAUCAAUUAUCAUUGAACAUUAGUGAAGGAUCAACAUCGACACCGACACAAAAUCCGUUACUUUAUCAAACAACAAGUGCAAUUAACACAAAUAUUAUUUUGGAAUAA